CAGAACACAGAGGACUUGCUCAGAAAUUUGAGGAUGAACCUUAUUCCACUGUCAGCCCUUUUAGCAUUUUUCUAUAGCUUUGCACUAGGUAAACCUGUCCAGGUAGCCACAAGAAAUAAGGACAUGGAGAGUGAUACAAUUCUGCAUGAGGGUGACAUUGUCUUGAGAAGGAAACGCAGUGCCAUAAACUGUGACAGCAGCUGCUUCUGGCCCAAGUCCCAUGAUGGGCUAGUCAACGUCCCAGUUAAUGUUUCUACAGAGUUUUCUGUGGCAGAGAGGACUUGGAUUGCUGAAGCCAUGCAGGAGUUCGCUACCCUGACUUGUGUCCAGUUUAUAAACCGCACGACAGAAACCAACUAUAUAAACGUUGUACCUGGGAAGAGCUGCUGGUCUCACUUUGGAAAGAUUGGAGGUAUGCAGCAGGUGGGCCUGAUGAAAACUGGCUGCAUGAGUAAAGGAGCAAUUCAACAUGAAAUGAACCAUGCUCUGGGUUUUUUACAUGAACAGGCCCGGAGUGACCGGAACAACUAUGUUAAGAUCUUGUGGGAAUACAUUAUGGAAGGGGAACAGGGGAACUUUGGGAAAGUGAAUUCCAAUAACCUGGGCCUCCCCUAUGACUAUUCCUCAGUGAUGCACUAUGGCACAUAUGACUUCUCUAAAACCUCUGGGAAAGCAACUAUUGUACCGAUUCCUGAUCCCUCUGUACCCAUCGGACAGAGAGAGGGACUGAGUAAUCUCGAUGUGGCUAAAAUCAACAAGCUCUAUAGCUGCAAUUGCUGUAGCAAUGUGCUGCAUAAACCUAAUGACACCUUCUCGUCUGUCAAUUACCCAUCCUCAUAUCCAGACAACAGCAACUGUUUGUGGCUCAUUCGCAUCCCACAGCAUCAGGUUUUCCUUGAGUUUGAUGCUUUUGAUCUUCAGCCUUCCCCAGACUGUACCUCUGACUACAUCAGAAUUUAUGAUGGAAGCAGCAGGAAUUCCAGUGUCUUACUGGACAAGUUGUGUGGGAUGGGGUCCUUACCAUCAUUGGUGGCUUCUAGAAACGUGAUGCUUAUAGAGUUUGUGAGUGAUGAGACUACUGCAGCAACAGGUUUCCAAGCCUCCUAUAGCCAGGUGAAAUGUGGAAGCACUUUGAUGGGCACAAGUGGGGUGAUCACCUCCCCAAACUACCCCUACAGGUACCCCAAAAACCAGGACUGUUUCUGGAUCAUCAGUGCUCCAGCAGAUCGCAAGAUCUCUCUAAAAAUGGUCUCCUUUGAGCUGGAGGACAUAGAUGAAUGUAAGUACGACUAUUUGCUUAUUCAUGAUGGGAGCCGACCCACAUCUCCAGCUGUGGGCCCAUACUGUGGGACAAUGCAGAUUGCAGACUUUACCUCCUCUGAGAACUUUGUGCUGGUAGAAUUUCACAGCGAUGUUGCUUGGGUGUUUCCUGGAUUCAUGCUGAACUACACUUUUGUUAUGACAUCAUGAAGGAAACUCAAGGAAAAUCUUCUUCCCCCAUUGCCACGAAGAAAGAAAAGAGUGCCUGGAAGGACAGUGAUUCACCUUGCUCUUUACCAUUUGCCUGCAAUAUAUUUUCAGACACUGGUUCAUUUUCAACACCAAAAUGAAUGCUUUUCGCUAAUAUAGAUGUAGGAAUCUGAACUGCGAGACUGGUAGUACCAUGAUGGGAUGGGGUACAGAGAAGUGGAGCUUGGGAAUACUAUGUGGAUACCACACAUUCUCCGCUCUGGUAAGAGUCGACUUUCCAGGAGCUGUAAAGUCUCCCCAUAUUGCACAUGGUUGCCUCUUUGGAUUUGCACCUUGGAUGGAGAAUAUAACAAAAUUUUAACUUUACUCACCCAUGCUGUGGUCUCUCUCUCUGGCUUUGUCUUCACUGCUGAAAAUGUGCAUUUUUUUUACCUCAGGUUAACUAAUGUGUGUGAGGUGAACUAGCUGACAUCAACACCAGACAGGGGCAUAGUGCUGAUCUUGCCUAGUUUACCUCAUAAUAAAACUAAAGUACCUGUGUUUUACCUCAGGAUUGCCCACACAUGUUAGUUUACCCCAAGGCACAACCCCCCCCCCCCAAAUGACAACAAAACCCAGUUUUUUUUUCAGAUAAGACAGUUUUGGGUUACAGCACUCAGGCCACGCCUACAUGGGGGCACUCCAGAAAGUUAAGGCAAAUCAACUAAAGGUAUGAAGUCAAUGGGCAUAAAUUAAAGCAAAUCUGUCGUUUCCCUUGCCCCAUGGUCUCAUUCAGGAGUAAAGUGGCCUUAGUCUGCUGUAACUUAAUCCUAUAUGCAUGCAGUGUUGUUGUAGCCAUGUUGGUCCCAAGAUAUUAAAGUGACAAAGGAGGUGAGGUAAUAUCUUUCAUUGGACCAACUUCUGUUGGUGAGAAGAGCUCUA